AUGAAAGUAGUUUUGUUUUCUACAAUCACUGCACUAUUUAUUCUUCUCUCACAUCUUAUAUAUCAUUUCAUUAAUUCUAAUAUGCCACGACUUAGCGACUCUUCUCUUAUUGAACUUCGUGUUCAUCCUAAAAAACCUUCUCAAGAAAGAAAUAAUCCACCUACUACUCAUGUACCUGUUCUUGGACAACUUACUAUAGAUCGUCUUAUUGAAAGAUUGGAAGAAUUAUACGAAGAUGAAGAGGACUCUGAAAUUAGUGAUAUAUUAGAUCAUGGUCUUUCAGUCUCUUACAUUGAAGAUGUACCAACUAAUUGUAAUAAAGUCUUAUCAUCUCCUGAACGUUGUGUAAAUCCUUCUUUACUUAAAUUGUGUUUUAUAUAA